AUGUCGCCGCCAGCCACCCAGGACCAACUGACGCCCUCGUCCGCCCGCGCGACCAACCCUGCCGACCAACACCCGCCUGCGCCUGCCCGCGACUCGGUCCAACCUCCGCCCGACACCUCUCUCAAGAGGAAGCGCGGUGACGAGGUCCAUCCAACCUGCACAAAAUGUCAGAAACACGGCGAGACUUGCGAGUGGGAUACCGGCGUCAUCUUCCGCCACAAUGGCCUCUCCAGCGAGCACCCCUCCAUGCGCGAGAUCGGCCGCCAUAGCCAGCAGCGCCAUACCGACUUCACUAUUAUCGACGUUACUUCCUCCGUCAUGCGUUCAUGCCGGGAGGAUGAUGCUUCGGCCGACGAUUUUCAGGAUACCCCAUCUAUAACACCGCUGGGAAGCGAGCCGCGUGAGACUUGGCCCUGGCGGCCCAAUGAAGACCCCGCUGCCGUCCAGUCGACCAGAGCUUUUUCCACAGCCUCAUCCGAACAAGCCAGGUCCCUAAGCGACGCCCAGUCUCCUCUUCAACAUCACAAUAUUCCAGUCUCCACUCCAAAAUUCCAGGCCCCUGCCGUACCGAAUGGCUCCGACUCACAAAAUCGUAUACCGUCGUACAGCUCCCGUGGAGCCACCGAGAACACUCAGGUAGAGGCCAGCGAGCGCGGCCGUCAGCCCCACACGAGUGGAAAUGGGGUUAUGGGAAAGGGUCAGCAGCGCACAGACGGGGUUUUGACUCCUCACCCUCACUUGAACCGGACCAGCUCAUCCUCGACCUUCUCGACCGUUCGCUCUAGGCUACCGACGCCCACCUCCGCGCCACCUGGAAGUACCCAUCGGUACAGCCUUGACCACGAAGCGCCAGCUUUGACGCUUUCUGCCGGAGAGUUGGCCGCCCUGGACUUCUUGACAUCCCAACCUACCCAACAUGCUCCGCACGAGCUAGGAAUGGCAGACCACGAGGGGCCUUGGAUAUCUCAAGAUAUGAAUGCAGAGAUAUCCUCUGCUUUUUCAAAUGAUCCUGUCUUGGCUGACUCGCCAUCUUAUGGCCUCUACUAUCCAAGUCAUGCCUACAAGGACCUACAGCAGAAUCUGCACAGUCAUAUCAUUGAGACUGCUCGUAACAGCGGGCUCACUAGGCAUGGGACUCCAGAAUUUGGUAUGGGCGGAUCUCACGAUGGCAUUUCAGGUCAUGACCCGGACACUGUUGACCGUGCCACAGCAAGGCUCGAGUCAAUGACCCACCCCCAACCCACGAAGACUUUGAAGGAACAGCGGGAAAUCGAACUUUGGCAGAAUUACUUCAAUGAGGUUGCUCCCUGGCUUGACAAGUUUGACAACCAGCGCCAUUUCCAAUUCUCUAUCCCUGUCAUGGCAAAGACCUGCCCUCACCUGCGAUAUUCAGCCUUGGCCCUCUCCGCUCGACAACAGGAAAGAAAGGAUCCGUCUCGACCAUACACGGAGAGUCUUGGGCUUUAUCAAGAGGCGAUCCAGAACCUGGUUCCAGAGCUUGAGACCAUGAGCACUGAAGUAAUUGCAUCAAGCGUCUUACUGUGUGUUCUGGAAAUGAUCAUUGUAUCACCAAAGGACUGGGGUCGGCAUCUCGAUGGUUGUGCCAUUCUUCUCCAGGCUGCUAACAUUACGGGUGUCUCUGGUGGUGUAAAUCAAGCACUCUUCUGGUGUUUCGCGCGCAUGGACGUCUGGGGUGGCUAUCUCUCCGAUAGCUGCACCAAAGUUCCGCUGGAUCGUUGGCUCUCCUCGCACGUCCCCAUGUCAACCGCCGUAAACCUUUUCAAGAACGAGUGCAAAGGCUUCGACGCGUACGCCAACUACGCCGUCUUCCUGUCGGCCUCGGUCGUCAACGUCAUCAACGGCCGCGGCGACACCGUCUCCAACCCGGAAGCCCGCGUCGAGUACGUCGCGCGCUGGAAGGCGCUGUGGGACCUCGUCGAGGACUGGUACAACUCGAGGCCCAUCGAGAUGCAGCCCUUGCUCUCGUACCCGGCCUCUUUCGACGACUACGACUUCCCCUUCCCCAAGAUCCUGUACGGCAACCCGCCCGCGACCAACGGGAACCAGCUGUACCAUUUCUGCGCCAUCCGCCUGCUGCAGGAGAAGCCGAAGGAGGUGCGGCUCAGCAAGAAGAGCGCUAAGAGUCUGAUCUGGCACGCCCGCCAGAUCUGCGGCAUCGCUGCGAGCAAUAGCCAUCAUGGUGCCUGGAUUAAUGGUUUGCAGCCGCUGUGGGUGGCCGGGAAGUUGAUGAGCCAUCCUAGCGAGCAUAGGGCGAUUUUGAAUGUUUUGGCGAGGAUUGAGAAUGAGAGCGGGUGGGCGACUAAGUGGCGGGCGGAUGAGUUGAAGGAGUAUUGGGGUGCGGAUGCGUGA